AUGGCGGCGGAGUCUUGGUGGUGCUGGCUCAGCUCUGGCAUGGCGUGCUUCCUCUUCUUCAACGCCAUCGUCUGCGUCGUGGCCGUGUUGUCCUGGGGGCGUGGCGGCGGCGAUGCAACACUGUCGGCCAGGCGCAAGAGGCUCACCCGGAGCGCGUCGUCCAUGGUCAUGGAGCGCCUCCGAUCCAUGUCGACCAUCUUUUCCUUCAACUACUCUGUGGACGAGUACGACAGCAUCACGCCGCCGGCGUCGCACCCCCACCACUUGCAAGGGUACUACUGCGCGUCUCAAGAAGAAAGGGGAGAGGAGAUGAGUCAGGCGGCGAGCGAGGAGGAGCCGGAGCCACUCGUAGCGGUGGCCGAAAGCAUGACGACGACCAUGGCUCGACCGAAACCGAGCGUGUCUAUUGCAUCAGCAGCAGCAGCGGAAGUAUGUGCAGCGACGUCGACGACAGGAAACGGGAAGGAAGAGCCAGAGACACAGGAGGAGAUGACAACGCCAGACCCGGCCGCCGCCAAGGGAGCCGCUACGUUGGAAGGGCUGAGGAAGUGGAAGGUGCCGAGUAUCGUCGAACGGCGAGCGUUUGCGGAGAUAGAAGAGAAGGCGGAGGUGAACGCGAGGGCCGAGCGUUUCAUUCGGCAGUUCCGGGAGGACCUCAAGCUCGAGCGUCUCAAGUCCAUUCUUACUAGAAAAUGUUAAUUUGUUUGCUCAAUAGAAAGAAACCCAAAUAUAUUGCCCCUCUCGCCUCCACGAGCAAGAAAUAGAGUGUGAAUCAAGCUUUGCACAUUAAUGCUUGGAUUUCAAAGAUCAAGAUGGAUAUA